CUGAGAACCUGCCUUCCGAGGUUCAGCCUGCCUGAUGUCUCUACCCAGCCUGAUGUCUGUACCCAGCCUGAUGAACUGAUCCAGCCUGAUGAUCCUAUCACGCCUGAUGACCCAGUGCCCGCUGUCAUGCCUGUUGACCCGAUACCCGCUGUCGAGCCAGACGAUCCGGUACCUGAUGACCCGGUGCCCGCUGUCAUACCUGGUGAUCCGAUGCCCGCUGUCGAGCCAGAAGAUCCAAUGCCUGAUGACCCAGUGCCCGCUGUCAUGCUUGGUGACCCAAUGCCCGCUGUCGAGCCAGACGAUCCAAUGCCUGAUGACCCCGUGCCCGCUGUCGAUCCAGACGAUCCGGUACCUGAUGACCCAGUGCCCGCUGUGAUGCCUGGUGACCCGAUGCCCGCUGUCGAGCCAGACGAUCCAAUGCCUGACCCAGUGCCUGCG